AUGAAACAAGCCGUCAUCGUAGAUUGCGUGCGGACUCCCGUUGGUCGGGCACAUAGAGACAAGGGUGUAUUCCGCGACGUGCGGUCCGACGAUCUGGCCGUGGCCUGCAUUCGGGCCUUGGUCGAGCGGACCGGGGUCGACCCGGAAUUGGUUGAAGACGUCGUCAUGGGCAACACCCAGCAGACUGGUGAGCAGGGCAUGAACGCUGCCCGAUGCAUCGGGCUGAUGGCGGGGCUGUCCAUCGAAUCGGGCGGAACCACCGUGAACCGUCUCUGCGGUUCGAGCUUACAGGCUGUGAAUCAAGCGGCCCACGCCGUGGCAGCCGGUUCGGAAGACGUUCAGAUCGUCGGCGGUCUGGAGCACAUGCUCCACUUCCCGAUGGAAAAGGGUGCCGACCCAAAUCCGAAGUUGUUCCACCGCACCUCGCUGGCCGCGCUGAACAUGGGCUUCACGGCCGAGUUCCUCGCCAUGUCACAGGGCAUCGCCCGCGAGCAGCAAGAUGCCUUCGCCCUGAAGAGCCAUCAGAAAGCGGCCAAAGCCACUGAAGCUGGCGAAUUCAAGCGAGAAAUCGUUCCGGUUUAUGGUAAGGACGAAGAAGGAAAUCGAAUCUUGGUCGAGACCGACCAGUGCAUCCGUCCCGACGGAAGCAUGGAAGCCUUGUCCGCCUUGAAGCCGGCCUUCAUGCCGGGCGUGGGCACGGUCACGGCCGGAAACAGCUCCCCGUUGAACGACGGAGCGGCCGCCAUGCUGCUGAUGUCUGAAGAGCGGGCCAAAGAGCUGGGCCUCAAGCCGCUGGUUCGGGUGAAGGCUACGGCCAUCGCCGGUGUCGAUCCUGCGGUGAUGGGAAGCGGCCCGGUGCCGGCCACCAAGAAGGUGCUCAAGCGUGCGGGAAUGGAGCUUUCGGACAUCGACGUCAUCGAGCUGAAUGAGGCGUUCGCCGCUCAGGCGUUAGCUUGCAUUCAAAUGCUCAAGAUGGAUGAAGAGAAAGUAAACCUUCGUGGUGGUGCUGUGGCCAUUGGUCACCCGCUAGGUGCCAGCGGUGCCCGCAUCGCCACGACGUUGAUCAAUAACAUGAUCGAUCGCGAUUUGAACAUUGGCCUGGCCACCAUGUGCAUUGGUGUGGGUCAAGGAAUCGCCACGAUUUUUGAACGCGUUUAA